AAGAUGCUUACCCAAUGGAGGCUUACGUUUCGUCCCAUUCGUGACUUCCCCAUUUCGAUUGAACCUUUGCCGCGUUUGCUUCCUAUUUUUCGUUGCACUUCCGCACAUUUGUUAGCGAGCUGAAGGAAACUACAUGGCCACUGUGCUCAGCAUUUUUACCCCCAAUUAGGCACAUAGAGCGGUUUACACAUUUUUGCAGGAAGGCGCUUUUGUUUCCUUUUUUACGAACAAACACUAUAAUUUGCAGAAUGCAUGACUGUUCAGGCAAAAAAUCAACAUUAUCGGAUUAUGAGCUCCAGCUAGCCAAAGCGGAAAUGAUGAUGGCCAAACUGGAAAAGCUGGAAAUUGAGUCUUAUGGCGAAUUGAAAAAGGCUAAAUGUAGAUAUGCACUGGAAAAUCAUCAAGGAAUUGUAGAGCGCGACUUCUUUGCAGAGCUUUCCAAAAUGGGGAGGGGCACCAAGAGAAGAUGGUCUUCCCUCAUGGCGAAAUAAAGAUGAACAUCUCGAACGGAUGUAUUAUCGGUAGGCCCCGACGGAUACAGAGGCUUAUAUGAAUUUUUUUUUUUCACCCCACGUUUAUUUUCUGUAUAUAUCUGCGCACCAUUCUACACGAACGUAUGCUCACUUAAAGAGAGUAAUUUUUCC